UCGCCGCGGCCGUCGGAGAGAUCAGCGAGCAACACAACCGCCACACCCAGCUAAGCGCCGGUCGACCGAUCGAUCGAUCGAUAUGGGCUCGCUGAGAGGAGGCGGCGGCGGCGGCGGAGGAGGAAGAGGAGAUUGCAGUAAGCAGGAGGAGACGGAGAGGGUGAUGAGGAGCGUGGACGCGGAGGAGGCGUGCGCGCUGCUGAGCUCGGGGAGGCACCAAUACCUGGACGUGAGGAUGUGGGAGGACUUUGACAAGGGCCACGUCGCCGGCGCCCGCAACGUGCCCUACUACCUCUCCGUGACGCCGCGCGCCAAGGAGAAGAACCCGCACUUCGUCCAGCAGGUGGCCGCCCUCUACCACGCCCACGACCACAUCAUCGUCGGUUGCCGCUCCGGCGUCCGGUCCAAGCUCGCCACGGCAGACCUUGUCGCCGCGGGAUUCAAGAACGUGAGGAUCCUUGAAGGCGGCUACCUCUCCUUGCUCCGCGCUGCUAAUCAACAAUAACCGCACCCGAGCCUGAUUUUUUACCUACAGAUCAUGCCCACUAAUUAUAUAAUACUACGGAGGAGUACUACUUUUUCUUCGGGGGUGAUUAUAUACUAAUACUAUACUUGUCGCUCGCUACAGAUUAUUGAGAUGUGGCAGCUUGAUUAUUGCUCAAGACAAGACGACGAUCGAAGCAGAACAUAGUUCAAGAUGUUUCCGAUCGAUCCAUCCAUCGGUUGAAUGUAUAUGCGACUAUAUAUGUUCGGUCGGUCAAAAUAUGUAAAUAAGUCGACCUUAAUUGCUUGAGAGAAUUGAUGGAGCACUAUACCGACUGUUAAAAUUUUCAAUGAAAAGCUAGGUAAAAUAACUAGCUUGAGAUAGAGGUGUUUUGGGGAUACAAAGGUGAAAUGGAAGCGGAGAUCGGGAAUCUCCUUCCCAAAUUCCAUUUCUCCAAUCCCAAUUCCCUAACUUCUUCUUCCCGAUCUCUGCUUCAAUUUCACCCAAUUUGUAUCCAUAAAACACUUUUAUUCUCAGGUUUUUUAUUA